GAAAUUUUAAUUUAUAAGGAAGAGUAUAUUCCAGAAUCUAUUAACGUGUAUGAAGAAAAACAAAUUUCAGAAGAAAAUAGAAAAUUAAAAAAGUUGUUGACACGAGAAGGUGAAGAAAAGAGGAUUUUAGAAGAAGAAAAUAAUUUUUUGGCAAAAGAAAAUGAUAAUUUAAAUGAACUGUUGUUGGAAAAAUGUCAAGAAAAUGAAAAUUUAAAAGAGGAAAAAAAUAUGUCAGAUGCUGAAGCUAUAUUAUACAUGCGAUUCAGCAAAGUAUUGCUUGACAACAACAAAACUUUAAACGACUGUCUUAAAUCCCAACAACAUUUGAAUACUUUACUCGAGAAAAAUGCUAUGGAAAAGGGAGAGAUUGAAAAGGUACACCAACAAUUAAGUGAUUUUAACAACAACAAAAAGAAGAUAAAUAAGUAUGUUUUUUUGUGUUUUUAA